AUAGAUCCUUGUAUUUAAUACACCGAACUAAAAAGACUUCCACACAAACACUAUAAUAUUAAGUAUUUCCAAGAUGAGCUACCAAGAUGCUUACCUUCAAGACAAGAGACGUAAAUUAUCUCAGGAACUUGAAUCUGAUGAAAUGAAGGAUAAACUCUCUUACUUGACGGAUGAGCAAAAACACGAUGUUGAAGCUGUUAUGGCUGAUGACGAAGACAUGGAAGAUGAAGGUGAAAAGGUUCUUAGCGUUGAUGAUUUAGAAAGAAAGAAUCGCGCUUUGACUGUUAUUGAAGAAUUCUUACAAAGUGAGAAUGGUCAAUUAAGAAAAUCUCUUAGAGAAAUGCAAAAGGAAAACGAAGAAUUGAAGAAUGUUUUGAGAAAAGACUUUCAAGUUAAUUACAAGUCUGGUGUUCAAUACAAGGCUUAGAUAGCGCUUGUGCCUUGAACCGCUUGUAAUUUUGACUGAGCAUUUUUUUUUUUAGGAAAGAGAUUUUGAACCAUUCCCAAUGCAUUUAUCUACAAUUUACUACUGCAUUACAUUAUGUACACUACGCUUAUGAUUAUGAAAGAGGAUUUAUUUUUAUGUUUUAUGAAUAACGAAUGAUUUGACGACGACGACUACUACUAUUGUAAAUAUUUGGGUUUGGCUGAAAUUUUAUUACUAAAAGUGUUUUUUAGAAUUACAAAAGGUUUUUAUGAUGCAACAUUAGAACGCAUCAACAUUUUAUAGCAAGUUACAAAAACCACAAAAAAAAAAUGUUAUAAACCUUAUAAAAGCUCUUAAAAAAAAGAUUUCACCAAGUAUUAAAGUAUAUAUUAUUAUAUAUUGCUAUAAAAUUAAUGAAAUAUGUUAUCAUGUUUAAAUAUU